AUGUCAGUAACUAUUAACUCCAAUGUGGUUGGACUUGACGGUAUGAUACCCAGAAUCAUAGACCGUGAACGCGAAGAUGAGGAUGUGGAGAGACUCGUUCCUUGGGUUUUUCAACAUUCGGAUAUUGUAGACGAGGAUCGCAUACUUUGUGGGCCUAAAGAAGACUGCAAAUUCGGUUCAGUCUUCUAUUACUUACUUUCCUACCGAUGCAAUCUACAAGGAAACGCCUUUGAUGAUACAGGGAUCUCAAAUGUCUUUGUACCCAGCGAAACAAUCACCUUGCCCAGAAAGAGUUGGCACAUACCUGGAAGAGAACCAUCUAAAUAUCUUAUACAUGACCAGUGCACAAUAUCUAAAAUGCUAAUAGAGACUAUCUAUGUCAAUCUUAGUAAUGUCAAAGAGCAGGAUCCCAAAGUUGAGUUUACUACACAUGGACAUGAAUUGAGAUAUACGAUUGGUGGGCAAACUUGGAAUGGACUUUUAAGAGAAACUUUCAGUACAAUGUUGGGACAGCUUACUAAAAAUCUUAGUAUCCUGGAUACAGGUUUCCAAGAUCAAGAAGUUUUUAUAGUUGGUUUCCACGGUCCUUAUCUCCACAUAGCUCGUGGGUUCUUUGCAAAAGAUCUUAUCUCCAGAGUAUAUGCACAGGGACAUUUCGAUCAAGAGCCUGUUAGUCUACAAUUUACUCGGAGCUAUAACUUAUUCCUCAAAGAAGAUUGGCUUGAAGUAACACGUGUACUGACCAGGUUGCUUCGAUAUCUGCUCAGCGGAAAGUCAAAAGUGGGGGUUGUACAAAAACAUGUGAAGUAA